GUCACCCACAUGCACCAGAAUCUACCAGUGUUGGCCAACUUCUAAAGGUGGAUGUGGAGCGAUCUGGGGAGUGCUUUUCAUAUUAAAGGAAGCAAAAAGGAAAACGUUUUCACUGGCGUUUUCCGAAAAGUUUUUGUGCGUGUGCGUGUGUGUGUUUAUGUUUUGCGCAAGAACUUCUUGGGAUUUUAUAACCGAAUUGGACUGAAAAUCUGUUGUUACGAAGAAAGCGAAAUCAUCUUGCGUGGAAGAUGCAGUGCAGCCACUUAUGGAUUUGCCUCCCCGUCCUGGUGAUUUUGGGGAGCUUUGUUGUACCGAGUGAGUCUCAGAGGGGUUUGAGCGGGAGGUCUGCACACAUUUCAGCUCUCCGAGCAGGACAUGCGGUCUCCAACAUGACAGCGAACAGGGCGAGACUGGUAGCCCACAAUACCACAUUGAGCGGCCGGAGGAGCCACGAUAGAAAUCCCACACCAAUCCGGAUGACAGCCGCUGACAGCAUUUCUGUGUUAUCCCGGACUUAUAGUCAACUGUCACCUGGCAGUAGCCGAGCUCUCGGCUCCCGAGAAAGCAGCACUGGUCUUACCCGGGUAAAUGGACAGAACUUAGCCGGAGUCAGUCGAGCACCAUCUAACCGGCCGAGUGAUUCGCCCGUCGAAUUCCCGAGAGUCAAUCCUGCUCCAGCCAGGAUAAGUCGUCCCAUUACGUCCCGCAUUAGCGCGGCAUCAUCCCGGGAGAGCAGUCAGAUACAUCACGGGACAGUCCAGGCUAGCAGCCGUACCCCGGCAUGGCAUAGAUACGCCGUCUCAUCCGAAAAAAGCCGUGGUUUUAAUUCCGACGCUGGCGGCAGAUCUGUUUCGCCCCAGGAGAACCGCCCUGCUUCCACUCGGGCCAGCAAGCUUUCACCUGUUCGGACUAGCUUGCUGGCCUCAGGUUCUUUGAGAACCCGGCUAACGGCAAGUACUUCCCAGCUGAGGAGCAGGCAAAUUGCCAGACAAAACCCGGGGAAACGAGCACCGAGCAGGAGACUGAUAGGAGCUAAUGUUUGUGGAAGACAGUGCUGUUCUGGAUGGACUGUGAGCCCUGGUACAAACAGAUGUAUAAAACCCGUUUGUGAUCCGCCAUGCCAAAACAGAGGCUCAUGUUCAAGACCUCAGCUCUGUGUUUGCCGGUCAGGGUUCCAGGGUUCUAGGUGUGAAGAAGUUGCUCCAGAACAACCAUACAUUCCCCGUGCUUUCUCAUCAAGAUCCUUCUCAUCCCGGUCAUCUGCUUUGCAUUCAAAUACAUUCCAGAGGAUUGAAAGCAGUGCAAAAAACAAUACAAAAAGUACAAAUGAAGCUUCAGCUGGACGUAAGGCUUCAUCAGUAGGUCAAAGUUUUGUCACACAGAGUAGGUAUGGACAGCAUGUUAAUACUCAGCAAUCACCAGGGACAUCACGCACUGUGAAACACCUAUCAAAUGGAAACGGACUCUCCAAUGCACUAUUUAAUGGCAAUGGGCAGGCAUGGGUUCAGAGCCGUUAUGCUACAAAUGGACAAGCAUUAGCAGAAAAUGAAAAUUCACUGCCACGAGGAGCAAAUCUGACCACCAGUAUAGGAACAAUAAAAAUUGUCUUCACGCCAACUAUUUGCAAACGCCUGUGUACAAAUGGAAAGUGUUACAACAAUUGUAAGAAAGGUGACCCAACCACCCUUUACAGCGAAAAUGGUUAUGGGCCUGUGUCUAAAUCAGGUUUUCGAAUCUAUUUUUGCCAGAUCCCCUGCCUGAAUGGAGGAUACUGCAUUGGAAGAGACAAGUGUCAGUGCCCAUCAAACUCAACGGGAAAGUUCUGCCACCUUCCGGUACCUCCUGAAAAACAGACUGUGUCAAAGAUAGCAACUGUCAGUUCUUCUGUUUCACAAUCUGUAUACACACUCCCUCUUUCUAACCAGCAAGUUGUUAUGCUCCCAUCCCUGGUUAAUAUCCAUGUAAAUCACCCACCAGAGGCCACAGUACAGAUUCAUCAAGUGGCAAGAGUAAAGACUGCACCAGACGCUUCAGCCAAGAACAGCAUAAAAAAUUCUCAGGGCCAACAGUCAGUCCAUUCAGUGCAGCAGAGAUCACAGCUUAAUGCUAAUGGAAACAUCAAUGGGCAGCCACAGCAUAGGCCUAUGAAUGUUGGAAGAUGCUUCCAGGAAACAGCUGAUGGCCAGUGUGGAAAACCACUUCCAGGUCUCACAAAGCAGGAUGAUUGUUGUGGGAGCGUAGGAAUAUCAUGGGGAUACCAUAAAUGUACAAAAUGUCCUCCAAAACCAGAACAUCCCAAGAUACACAAUGGCCAGAUUGAGUGUCCUCUGGGCUAUAAAAAAAUGAACCAGACAAGCUGUCAAGAUAUCAAUGAAUGCCUGAUGUCAGGAAUGUGUCAAAAUGCUAACUGUUUGAACACCAGAGGUAGCUACAGAUGUACCUGUAAGCCUGGGUAUAUGAUGGAUACAUCGAGGAGCCAUUGCAUCUCGGACAAGGCUUUUUCAGUAGAAAAAGGAACUUGCUUCAGAUCAUUGUCCAGAAGAAACUGUUCUCUGCCUCUUUCUCAGCAGAUCACAAAACAGAUCUGCUGCUGUAGCCGUGUGGGCAAAGGAUGGGGUAAAAACUGUGAAAAGUGUCCACUUCCUGGCUCAGUUGUGUUUAAUGAAAUCUGCCCAGCGGGCCAUGGCUAUCAUUAUUCCAGGUCUGACAUCCAGAUCUCAGUGAGACCUGCUGAAGAGCAUGAAUUAGCUCAGAUUACCUCUGAACAAUAUCUUGACAGUCAGCAGAGCACCAUCAAGGAUUCUGAUUUAACUUCAAAGGAAAAGAGUGAGGAUAUAAGAUCAGAAGGAUAUGAAGCUACAAUAAAAACUCCUCAACCGUUUGCACCUGCUCAUGUUCCAAGAGUUGAUGCAUAUCCAGUGGAAGUAGUAGUGAAGACAAGUCCACCUACAUUGGUGCAUGUUGUUCCUGAAUCUACAGCUAGACAGGUGGCUUCAGUAUUUGCAACAGAAAUUUCAGUUAUAAAUAUAUGUGACGUUUCACCAAACAUUUGUGGUCCAGGACUUUGUAUCAAUCAGCAAGUCGGAUACCUGUGUAACUGUGACUCUGGCUAUCAGCUGGAUAAUCAGCAAACAAAGUGUGUCGAUACUGAUGAAUGCAGGCAAACCCCGCAACUUUGUAGCUACGGACAAUGUGAAAAUACAAUGGGAAGUUAUCGGUGCAUUUGUUCAACAGGUUUUGUGCUGAACCAACAAGGCACUGACUGCUUAGAUAUAAAUGAAUGUGAAGUGGACCCAUGUGAUGGGAAGGGCCAUUGCAUUAAUACAAUUGGCACAUACUCCUGUUCCUGCUUUGCUGGCUACACAUUAGUCAUUUUAGAAGACAAACAAAGCUGCCGAGAUAUAAAUGAAUGUGCACAGGCUAAUUUGUGCCAUAGAGGGCAUUGUACCAACACCCCAGGUUCUUAUCACUGUGACUGUGAAGAAGGUUACAUAAUGACAAGAUCAGGACAGUGCAAUGAUAUUGAUGAAUGUCGUAGCCCUAAUAUAUGCCCUAAUGGAAAAUGCAUCAAUACUAUGGGUUCCUUUGAAUGUGUCAGCUGUUCAGCUGGAUACAGAGCAGUAAAUGGAAGAUGCCUAGAUGAGAAUGAGUGCUUAACUUUUGGCAUUUGUGCUAAUGGAAAUUGUAUCAAUAUGGAUGGAUCCUACAAAUGCAAUUGUAACCAAGGUUUUGAACCUGUGACAGACCUGAAGAGCUGCAGAGACAUUGACGAAUGCGUAUCGUUUGAUGUUUGUUUUAAUGGACUUUGUACAAAUACUGAGGGAUCUUACACAUGUUCAUCCUGCAAUUUUGGAUACAUAAUAUCAGAAGACAGAGGCAGAUGUGAAGACAUUGACGAAUGUGUAUCGCUUGAUGUUUGUUUUAAUGGACUUUGUACAAAUACUGAGGGAUCUUACACAUGUUCAUCCUGCAAUUCUGGAUACAGAAUAUCAGAAGACAGAGACAGAUGUGAAGACAUUGACGAAUGUGUAUCGCUUGAUGUUUGUUUUAAUGGACUUUGUACAAAUACUGAGGGAUCUUACACAUGUUCAUCCUGCAAUUCUGGAUACAUAAUAUCAGAAGACAGAGACAGAUGUGAAGAUAUUAAUGAAUGCUUGAGCAAGGACAUCUGUGGUCCAAAUGGAGAAUGUAUGAACAGUGAAGGAUCUUAUUUCUGCAUUUGUGCCAGAGGUUUUGAAAAGACUCCUGACGGUACAGCCUGUCAAGAUAUUAAUGAAUGCUUGACCAGCGACAUCUGUGGUCCAAAUGGAGAAUGUAUAAACAACGAAGCUGGCUCUUAUUACUGUCUUUGUGCUCAGGGCUAUACCACUACUACUGAUGGAACGGCCUGUGAAGAUGUGGAUGAAUGCAGUGAGGAGGCCAAGUGCUCAGGGGGCCAAUGUAUAAAUACAGAUGGAUCCUACAUGUGUAGAUGUGAAACAGGUUUCACACAUUUACCUGAAGCAGAACAAUGUAUAGAUAUUGAUGAAUGCAGUUUAUAUGGCAGCUCUGUUUGUGGGACCUGGAAGUGUGAGAAUACAGUUGGCUCUUAUCAGUGCAUUGUAGGAUGCCAGCCUGGUUUCCAACGUACAGCUAUUGGAGAAUGCAUUGACAUUGAUGAAUGUAUGAAUGGAACUAUCUGCGGUACUCACGGAUAUUGUGAAAAUACAGAUGGUUCCUUCCGCUGCCAUUGUGAUCAAGGUUUUGAGGUUCCACCAAGAGGACAAGGAUGUGUGGAUAUAAAUGAAUGUGAGAUGAUGAAUGGAGUUUGUGGAACAGCACUCUGUGAAAAUUUUGAAGGCUCCUUCUUCUGUGAGUGCAUGGAUGAGAAUGAAGACUUUGACCCAGCAAGAGGUCAAUGCCGCCCUCGUGUAGCAAUGGAGCAAACACCAGGAGUGGCAAUAAUGCCAGAAUUGUCCAGGAUGCCAGCACUUGCAAAGGGAGAUUUGAAGGAAUGCUACUAUAAUCUGAAUGAUGAAAACUUCUGUGAUAAUUUGCUAUCACGAAACAUCACAAAAGAGGAAUGCUGCUGUACUGUUGGAGUUGGCUGGGGUGACAACUGUGAAGUUCACCCUUGUCCCAUGAUCAACACAGAUGAAUAUAAUGAAAUUUGUCCAGAUGGCAAAGGAUUCAUUCCAUUUCAGAUUGGUUCUUUUAGCUUUGGAUCACAAAACUAUGGAGAUGCAGAUGAAUGUACAAUGUUUGGAUCAGAAAUCUGCAAGAAUGGGCAUUGUGUAAAUAAUAUAGGUGACUAUGCCUGUUACUGUGGCACAGGAUUUUACUAUGACAAUGUGAGGCUGGAAUGUGUAGAUAUUGAUGAGUGUCAGGAUGAAAAUACUUGUGUGAAUGGAGAGUGUGUCAAUACACCAGGAUCUUUUAAUUGUUUCUGCAGCCCACCACUUACACUGGAUGUAACCCGUAAAAGAUGUAUAAAUGGCACAGAAUCAGGGGUUGACUCUGAAGAGGUAGAUACAUAUCUGGAUAUAUGCUGGCAGGGUGUGACUGAGGAUGACAUCUGUAGCAAACCUUUAAGGACCAGAUCAACAACCUACACUGAAUGCUGCUGCUUGUAUGGAGAGGCCUGGGGCUUGCAGUGUGCCUUCUGUCCUUCCAGAACAUCGGAUGAUUUUGCACAGCUUUGUAAUGUUCCUAGGAUAUUUGUUGAUGAAUCAACUGGGCUCCGUGAUAGACCUGGCUAUGAAUAUGGCCCAGAAUCACCAUCCUAUGGUCAGGAUUUCCAACGUGGAAUUGGCUCCUAUGACAAUUAUCUUCAGCCUGAAUAUAGACCCUAUGAUUCUCAGCCUGACAUAGAAUAUGGACCGGGAGAUCCCUAUCUUGGACCAAGAUAUGGACAAAGAGAUCCACAACCUGACUCAGGGCAUGAACUGAGAGAUCCUCAUCUUACUUCUCAAUAUGGUCUGAUAGAACCUCAGCAUGGUGAAGGAUAUGGAUCAAGAAAUCCACAGUCUAGGCCUGAGUAUGGCUCUAGAGGAUAUUCACGCAUUCCACAGUACCGUCCUCAAGAACCUGGGAGAACCCCAUUGUUUAGUAGCAGUGACAAUGAUCGUUCCAGUAGUUUUGAAGGCUUACAAGCAGAAGAGUGUGGAAUUCUGAAUGGCUGUGAAAAUGGACGAUGUGUUCGAGUGGAGGAAGGAUACACCUGUGAUUGUUUUGAUGGGUUUGAGCUUGAUAUGACAAAAAUGACUUGUGUAGAUAUUAAUGAAUGUGAGGAUCUGAGUGACAGCAUACUCUGCAGAAAUGCAAGCUGUGAGAACACGGAGGGAUCAUUUAAGUGCAUCUGUUUACCAGGCUACAUGCUUUCCCAAUAUCCUAAUGACUGCAUACCGGAAACAGAAGCUGGACAUCACUAAGAACUGUCACCUGGCAAGGGAUAAGGAAGCACUUGAUGAUUUAUUUUAAGGAAAAUACAUGUUUACUCUGCUUGGGAUUAUCAAUUUGAUUAUAUGAGUGAGAGUAAAUGCUCAGUGAUACGCUAGGACUCUACCAAUCCACCAAUCCCGCAUCAAUAUCUACAAUUUAUGUCUAUGACUUUUAAAAAAAUGUUGAUUAGAUUUGCAAUUGUUUCAUUUGGAAAAAUAAUAGAGGCAAUACAAAGUGCAAGUAACAUACAAUAGAUUGAGACUAACAGACUGUGUGAAGCUAUUAUGUUACUUGAAGGCCUCCUAAAUGGCUUUGAAAUAAUUGACACCAAGAUAGUGAUAAACAUAAUUUACUUAAGCAAAAGAUAAAAUGAAGUAAGUUGUCUCUUAUUACACACUGCUGUGAAGUAUUUGUUGUUUUAAACAGGAUGAAAAAUAGUUAGGAUAGGCUCACAUGCAUAUUGUUUCUAAAAUAAAACAUUUCCUCUUUUAAAACAGCUGCUGUGCAUUUUGGUGCAGGUUUUCAAAUGACCUAUAAUUAGGUGUUCAUGUUCAAAGUCCUCAUGAUCAGUUGGAAAAAUUAUAGUGCAAUACUGCUAUUCUGCUGCUAGAUAUCCCUGCUCACUCUUCCGUCUUGUAUUAAUGUCACAGAGUACAGCUACUAAUGACGUAAAAGUUACUGAAGACAAUUUUGACCUUUGAGGCAUGCCAGCCAGACAAGAGAACCUGCAGUGACACGUCACCCAUCAUUUUGAGGCACUGGCCAUGAUUUUGAGGCACUGGUCAUGAUUUUGAGGCACUGGCCUCAUUCAUUGGGCCAGCAAGCAGCUGGGGAGGAUGGUGAUUGAGGAAGCCAAUCCCAGACUUUGUAGGGCCUGGAUUUUACACUGAGCCAUGGCUUGGCCUCUUACCCUUUUAUCAUCAUUGGCAAUGACUGGAGCAUGCACAGCUCAAGCUUAGCCAUUUCCAACUGAGACUUGCAUAUUUAAAUGAGCAUGAAAAAGGUGGAUAUUGUGGAUGCCCAGUGGUAGACCUUUUCAAAACAACACCAGCCACAUCAUGGGUGUUAAAUGUGCAGUAAAGCUAUUAAUCGCAUUUUAAGGCUGUUAAUGCCAGGUGUAGCAAAUGAAAACAUGUCAUAUUACCACUUGCAGUGUGAGCAGAGACUUGAUUGUUGUCUCUGUCUAUAUGUGAUAGUGAUUUGGAAGCAUUCCUAUAAGCUAUUACCGCUUUAACAGACUAGUUUCCCAUGUGUUGAUAAGAAUAUGCCAGUGGGAUUGUAUUAUCAACCCUUGUUUAUAGUUUUCAGCUCCUUUCCACUGAAAACCAUAUCCUAGAAAUAACACUGUGCAAUAUUGCAUCAAACCACUAGCCAUGUUUGUAUGAAACUAUCUUGUCCGGCGUUUAACCUAUUUAUUUUAAAUGGGUAAUGUUUAUUAAAACAGCACACAAAGUAAUUUCAUGAAAGCGCAUGAAACAUUCCAAUGUUAAUAUCGGACAACAUAAUUUCUGAGCUCAUCUCUUUAAAUAUACAAAUAUUUCCUUUUAUUCUUAGUUUCUGCCUAUUUUCCUUUCUUAAAAACUUAAGCUAACAUUGCAUGGUCAUUACCAGUUAGAUGCAUGUGUUCACAACUCCCUUUAGAUAACGUGAGCAACAUUUUUCAAUGAAUUGUAAUAACUCACAGUGAAAAAAAGUGAUGACUGAUUUCAAGAUGUAAAAAAAGCUACAAUACAAGGAUAAGUUUAGAAAUAUGCACCCAAAGUGCACAAAUUAACGCUGACAGGCACAUCUACUGGGAAUUCAGGCAGUAUAGUUUUUCCAAAUAUUAAUUUUAACAGUUGGAAAGUCAAAGAAGUUCGACUUCCAAUGUAUGUUGACAGUCAGUAAACCUCCACACCAGGAAUGCAAAUUCAGAACAGUUAUCCUUAUUUGAGUCAAGACUCUGUUACUCUUGCUUCCUGUUUAUAAACUUGGAAGGGGAGGGAAGGACAAUUAAAAGUAAUAAUACAAGAAGUGUAAAUGUAUGAAAGGAACUAACUUAGUAAUGCUAAGAUUCAUGUUUCACUGCAAUCAGAGAAGUUGCUGAGUUGUGUAUGGUUGCCAAACUCUGAUAUCAAAAUAAAUCAUUCUUUUUGCUAACCUGGUUACAUCUUAAUAGCUUCCUUUUGAAUUCCAGUUGGCAAUGACAUUAUAAAGAAAAUACAAAUUAAAUUUUACAAGUGUAAUGUCACCUAUUUACAAAGUCAAGUGUUUUUGAAAUUUCAAACUCCAUUUUUUGGUUAAUGUAAUUAUACAUAAUAAUAAUUAUGUAGGUGAAAAGUUUCAAUCAAUGUAGGAUUGAGUUAUAGACUUUAGCAAAGACUAUACAAUUAAAAACAGUAUUUUGACUGGCCUCAUUAAAUGUGUAUAGUUCCCAUUGUAGAGUCAGAUGACAGGCAGGUGGAUUUCUAGAGCCCUAGAUCAACAUGAAGUGUAUCUCACAGCAGCAGCAUAAAGAAAUUGCUGGAACUGUAUUUUCUUGGGGUUACCCUGAAUUUCAAUGGCUGCCUGCUCAAUGCAACACAUAGGCAACAUUCAGUUUGUAUUAGAAGUUGGGAUCUUGCUGGGAUCCUGCCACACAGUGCUAAUCAACAACUGCAUAUUGCUCUCUAUCAUUUCCAGACAGAAAACGUGCACUAAUUAAUGAUCUAGUGUUUACUUAUAUUCAAGGUUCACUGUGUCACAUUCUGUGUUCCAUCUGCUAUCCUUUAUGUGUCUCUCCCAAACCAACGUCAUCAGGGUAUAUCUGUGUAUUCCUAAAUGAAGUAAGUGGCAUUCUGGAGCUCUUCUUCCAUACAAUGACCUUACUUUUUCCAGACUUUCUUUCUGUGAUGGAGGAUUUCUAGACUGAAAUUCUGAAGUAAAAGAAGAAUUCAGAUAAGGCCCUAACCUAAUUGUGACUAAAUUCUCAAAACAUGCCAUCUACAGAAAUGAUAGUCAAUAGCUUUAGCUUGGAUUUUUGCCAAAUUGAGGAGUAUAUCAAUUGGUUUAUUCAUCGGAAAGUGAAUCCACUAAAUCUCUGAAGAAUAAAAGUGCAUAUAAAGCAGGUCAUUAAUUAAAACUGUAAUCUUCUAAAGUUUAGAUUUCUGAAGAUGUGUCUGAAAUGGUACCAUCCAUGGCUUCAGUUUCCACUGUUCAUAUGAUAAGAUGAUAGAAACAUAUGAUGCAGUAUUGGCUGCUGCUGUUGUCCUCAAUUAAUUUGGUUACAUGUACUUAGCACCUUGAGUUAGUCAAUGUUCUAUGCACUGUAUUUGCAAUUGUUGAUAAAGAACCAAUUUAAAAGAAAACUUUGAAAUUUCUUUACACAAUGCCACCAGAGGAAAGUUCUAACUAGAACAAAAAUUACUGAAGACUGUUCAUAAGUUGAAUCAAUCAUAACCUUCACAUUAUCUAUUCAACGUUUGAGGACACCCAAUGGAAAAUUUCAUGUAAUGAGAAGGGAGUAACUCAAAUUUGCAAUAACAUAGGAUGUAUAUUAUUUUGAGUAGUUCAAAAUUGGAUUUUAGUACAGAAUCAUUACUUGGCAGUUUUCUUUUUAAAGGAUGCUAGUAGUUUAUGGAUGCACUUUAAUUUUAUUAUUACUUUGCUUUGAAAAUUUACCUCAAUUGCCUUGAACAUGAAUUCACUUUUUGUCCUCACCAACUUUUACCCCUCAGUCCUCUGUUGAAACUAUUGAGUCGGCAUUGGCUCUGAUUCCAAGCACUAUACAUAGCUGAGGUAGUCAUUUUUCAUGUUUAAACCUCUAUGCUGGCAAGCUAUUCAAUGAUGAGGCACCACAGUUUAGCCUGCUUUAGCCAUCAUCCAAUGAACCUCCAGCAGAUGUUGCUGGAUAUAGAGUGAAACUCUGGUCACUUUCCACUGCCAAAUCCAGGGGCUCUGAUGCCAAAUUCAGAGCUCCCACUACUUUCCCUGCUGAGUUCAGUUAAUGCAGCAUGGAAAUGGCAUCAAAUCUGGAACAAAUAUUGUCCAGCAGCUCACUGAAUAAUUUUGCUGAGUCACUGGUGGAGCCAAAUUAUUCUUCUAAAAGUUACAAUAUAAUUUUCUACAUAAUUGUGCUAACAUAUAAUUUAAGGAGCAUAUUGAUAUAUACAAAAUUAAUGCACACACCUGUAUGACAAAUGAACUGUCCACAUAGUUUCUUAAAGACCACAGUCUGUAAAUUAAUCUAUAUUCAAAUCAAAAAGUCUUGCAAAUAACAUGAAUAUGUUGUGAAUCCUCCCCCAGGUCUAACCAGUGCUAAACAAAGGGCAGGUAAAUUAUUGAAAAUCUCAAGUGAAGAAAACAUAUGAUUUUUUUUCCUGUGUGUGUGUGUGCGUGUGUGUGUUUGUGUGUGUGUAUUUUUUUUUGUAGUUAAUAAUAAGCUCUGGUAACCCUUGUAAAUCAUACUUGCUACUAAAACAUUUGUAAAGCUACAACACCUGAUUCCUGUAUAUGUUUUGUGGAUACAAGUACCAUUCUCAAAAAUAAAUGACCAUAUGUUUUGUACAGAUUUAUAUACAAAAUGCAAUGUAUUUAAUGUUUUAGGCAAGAUAAAUGUUAGUUAUUUAGUAAUAACAUUGUAAUUGUUUUCAGUUCAGACUUUAUUCUCUUUACAAGUGAUCUGGCUAAAAAUUCUAAUAUCUCAUGCUGAAAAUUUGAAGUGCUAAGUGCCUUAGUCAUAUUUCAUUUUACUUCUGUUUACUGUUGCGAAAUGUAAUUUUUAGAAAGCAUUUUCUACACUGUACCAUAUAAAGUGCAAAAUCUCUGCCCUGUGGAGCAGUUUUGGGUAUUUGUUAGAGAUCAACCAAUACCACAUAUUUCUCACUGUCACCAUGGGUUGAGACUAAAGUGGUCAUUUUCCAACCUCAUACUGCUUUAAACUAAUGAACAGAAAACUCCGAGCAAUGUGUAACUGAAUUCUUCUGAUGCACCAUUAGGGAAUGAAGAAAAAUAACUCAAUUAUACAUACAGUUGGAACCACUUCCAAUGACUUGUGUGAGAAUUUUAACUGUUCUCUAGUAUAUUCAUUGUAAAAGAAUUGCACCAUGAUUCAUUUGGUUAUGCUGUUUUAAUCUCAAAACUACAGUAUUUAGACUAUAGGUUAUUCUUAUUAACACUGCUCAUUAUUCUACUGGUAUAUUAAAUGGAUUUUUAAAAUAUUUACGGUACAUUGGUCUAAUUAUUAUGAAGUUUGCACUGAGAUUUGACUUUAUUGGUACUUUGUGCAACCUGAAGACCAAGUGCAAAAACAAGCUCAUCCUUUUUGAGCAGGGAAUCAUUUGCUUUAAUAAUCCCUUCUCAUUCAAUAUCUUUACUGUCAGUCUGGUAACCUGGGAUCUGGUAUUGGUUGAUUUAUGGCAUUUAUAACUAUUUAUCAGUUGUCAUGCAAACUACAAACACUUAACAAAGCCUAUAAGUCUGCAUUAUUUGAAAAAUAAAAACAGCUGCUAAUAAGUACUUGUUGUUUUCCCAGAUAUUUUCCAGCAACAGUGAAAUUCUCCUCCUCCUCCCAUUCCCCACAUCUGGAAUUUUGAAACAAAUGUGUAGAGAAAACAAAAUUGUAUUGUCUAAAACUUAUUUGAAAUCAGAGAAAAUUUGUUUGAUCCUGGUUUCUGUACUGAUAUAUAAAAUACUUCAAAAUAUAUUUAAAAAUUAGGCAAAUCAAAUAUAGAAAGCAAAUGACUUAUUUGCUUGAAUAACAUACCAGAGAUGGUGUGGGAAUCAGUGCUUGCUAGAGAAAGUGCUGGAUAUUCUCCAGAGCUUCCAAUAGCUUGCUGGCUCAGUUGAUAAAGGACACAUUUGCUGCUGCUCAGGAUGACUGCAGUACCAGAUUUUCUCAUGAGGUGGUGUGCUGCUUCGUCGAGAAAUGCCACUUACAGGAAUUAGCUAGAACCUGAUUCAACCUGUCAUUCAUGUCUUCUAAUUUGUUCCAGUCAUUGUAUCAAACAUUCCAUUGUCUAGUCACUUGUUAAGGGUUGGCACUGCCUAUAGACAGUAUCACUGUUCUGAAAAUAGAGCUGUUGUCUAGAAAGUCAACCACUCCAACAGACAUGAAUUUAUCAUUUUCAUCCUUGGAAAUAAAACUGGUUGUAACUCCA